AACCAAGUAGUGACAAUAGCUACCAAUCAGUUGUUCUUCAACUUCCGUUGGUCCAGAGUAAUUAUCGAGCUAUUAAAUUGAAGGAAAAAAUGUUAACGGGAAUUCUUUUCUGCAUUUGCGCAGUGAUUUGCCUAUAUUUAUCAUAUCGUUAUGCAGUUAGUCGUCCUGAAGGAUUUCCGCCUGGACCGCCACGAUUACCGCUCUUCGGAAGCUAUUUAUUCAUGAUGCUGGCUAAUAAAAAAUAUUUGCAUAAAGGUGUACUGAAAUUUAGCAAAUGGUAUAAAUCGGAUAUUGUGGGUUUUCAUGUUGGACCCUUUCCAGUGGUUGCAGUGCACAGUGCUGAGGGUGUCAAAGAAAUAUUGAAUAGAAGGGAAUUCGAUGGACGUCCGCCUAUAUUUAUGGGUCAAAUGCGUGCACCUGAAGAUGAAUUAUUAGGUAUUUUUUUCCGCGAAGGUCCUGUGUGGAAGGAGCAACGUCGCUUUAUUUUACGAUACCUUCGUGAUUUUGGAUUCGGUCGUCGUUUUCUUGAACUCGAAUCAGUCAUACAAGAAGAGGUAACUGAUCUCUUAGAUCUCAUACGCAAUGGACCACGUUAUCAGCAUGAGCAUGAAUUAUCCAAACCUGGCGGUUAUAGAGUUUGUGUGCCAAAUAUCUUUAGUCCAUUUACCUACAAUUGCUUUUUACAUGUCAUGAUGCAUGAACGCCAGCCGCGCUCAGAACAGGCCGAGGUGUUGCACCUCAUCAAAAUGGGAAUGCAAUUUCAACGGAACGGUGAUGAUUAUGGUAAAAUGCUGAGCAUCAUGCCUUGGAUACGAUAUGUGUUUCCCAAAUGGAGCGCAUAUGAUGUACUAACAGAGGCGAAUAAAGCUCUUUUUGAGCAUUUUGAAAAAAUCGUAGAUCAUCACAUUGCCACCUAUGAUGAGUGCAGUGAGAGAAAUUUUCUAGAUUUGUAUAUUAAACAGAUGAGAAUGGAGCAUGAUCAAGGUCAGACGGAUGUUUACUAUCGCGCACAGUUUAUAUUGGGCCUGGUGGACUUUGCUUUCCCUGCAUUUACAGCAAUCGGCGUUCAAAUGACAUUUUUAAUACAGCACCUUAUGCUGAAUCCAGAAGCAAUGAAACGCAUACAGUCCGAAAUAGAUGAGGUUGUUGGAAGAUGUCGACUGCCGACGCUUGAAGAUCGUAAAUAUUUACACUACACAGAUGCUGCUAUUCGAGAAGGUCUGAGAAUUGAGACUUUAGUGCCGUCAGAUGUCCCGCACAGAGCGCUAGAAGACACAGAGUUGCUGGGUUACAAAAUUCCAAAGCACACUAUUGUGAUACCGAGUUUGUAUGCAUAUCAUGCUGAUGAACGCAUCUGGGGCGAUCCACAAAACUUUAGACCGGAACGCUUUUUAGAUGAAAAUGGAAAGCUUUCGCUGAAAAAGGACGUAUCACUUCCGUUCGGCGCAGGAAAACGACUUUGCGCGGGAGAGACUUUUGCACGAAAUAUGCUCUUUCUUUUAACCACCGCAAUUUGCCAAAAUUUCAAUUUUACAUUAGGUCCAGCAGAUUCCUUGCCCGAUUUGUCGAAAAAUUUAGGGGGUUUGAUCAUUACUCCGCCUGACUUUUGGCUGCAAUUGGAGGAAAGGGACUAACACGCAUACAUAUUUGUUUUGAUAUUAUUAAAAAAAGGCUGGAUUUCCUACAUGUUUAUUUA